AUGACCAAGGAAGUGAAAAAUGGAAAAGUUAAACUUGUGCCUGGAAAUAUAAUUAGAAUGAAUGAUGGAAGGGAGCUCAGUGAAAAAUUUUACGAGCAUGUGAACAUUGGGGCUUAUUUGCACAAUUACACGGGGAUUUGGACUCUGGGUUUGGAUAUGUUGCCAACAACUGGGCAACGAACUUUAAAUUUGUUUGUGUACAAGGGGUGUGCAUGUGGAAUGGAGGCGUGGGUGGGUUUUUAAAGUUGUACGGUUUGAUACAGAUAUACCCAUGCUGGGAGAUUAAAAUGGAUAUAAGGGAUUUGGGGAAUCGAGAAGGAUUUGGGGGGAGAAGGAGGAUUGAGAAGGGCUUAGAAGGGAUACCAAGGGGUUGAUAGGGUUUAAGGGGGUUGAUAGGGUUUAAGAGGGGUGUCAGGGAUUCGUGUGAAUUAAGAGUAAUUGCGGGGGAUUUGGGUGGAUUAAGAGGGAUAUAAGGGAUUCGAUUAAG